AUGCUUUGGGAAUAUAGGUCUUGGGGUUCGGCUGGUUUGUAUAGUAUGCAGCAAAUGACACUCGUUGGCUGGUUAGAAAGUGUUGCCAUCUUAGGGAGGUUGCUGUCUGCGUUAAUCUGUGAAUACUUGGACUGGGCACAACUCAAUCACACGCUCAAAGUUUAUCAACCCGAAUGCAAUUUGCAAAAAGACUCUUGGAAGUCUGAGCUAGGCUACUUUAGUAGCAACCAUGGUUAUGAGCUCAACAGAAAUGGAGAUCGACCUCUCCUUCUCGAUGUUCUUCAAGGUUUCUUGCAGUUCGAGACCAUGACAGAGACGACCAUGGGUGUUAAUUCAAGGAGAGAGUCAGAAACUGAGUCCUCAUCAAGCCUCGACUCCAGAAAUCCUCCACGUAGGUCAUCUGCUUUUGAUAGCUUACCUCCUCUACGAAGGUACACACAUCUCCAACUCCAUGUUAAGAAUUCUAAUGGUUAUGGUGUGUGA